AUGGCGGUUGAUCUGACACCGAGGCAGCCGACCAAGGCGUACGGCGGCGAAGGAGGUGCCUACUACGAGUGGAGCCCCGCGGAGCUGCCUAUGCUCGGCGUUGCGUCCAUUGGCGCCGCCAAGCUCUCUCUCGCUGCCGGUGGGAUGUCCCUCCCCAGCUACUCUGACUCCGCCAAGGUCGCCUACGUUCUUCAAGGAAAGGGAACCUGCGGCAUCGUCUUGCCAGAGGCCGCCAAAGAGAAGGUGGUCCCUGUGAAGGAGGGCGACGCUCUGGCGCUCCCCUUCGGCGUGCUUACAUGGUGGCACAACACUCCUGAGUCGGCCACGGAGCUCGUCAUCCUCUUUCUCGGCGACACCUCCAAGGGCCACAAGACUGGCCAGUUCACCAACUUCCAGCUCACCGGUUCCAGUGGCAUCUUCACCGGCUUCUCCACGGAGUUUGUCGGCCGUGCCUGGGACCUCAAGGAGGACGACGCUGCCAAGCUCGUCUCCACCCAGCCGGCUUCCGGCAUUGUCAAGCUCACUGCAGGGCAAAAGGUCCCUGAGCCCAUCCCCGAGGACCGCAAGGACAUGGCAUUGAACUGCCUCGAGGCCAAGCUCGACGUGGACAUCCCCAACGGUGGCCGCGUAGUGGUUCUCAACACUGCCAACCUGCCGCUGGUGAAGGAGGUCGGGCUAGGUGCCGAUCUCGUCAGGAUCGACGCCCAUUCCAUGUGCUCCCCAGGGUUCUCUUGCGACUCGGCGUACCAGGUGACGUACAUCGUCCGUGGCAGCGGCCGCGUGCAGGUCGUCGGCCCCGAUGGCAAGCGCGUCCUGGAGACCCGCAUCGAGGGCGGCAGCCUCUUCAUCGUGCCACGCUUCCAUGUCGUCUCCAAGAUCGCCGACGCAUCCGGCAUGGAGUGGUUCUCCAUCAUCACCACCCCCAACCCGAUCUUCAGCCACCUCGCCGGGAAGACCUCGGUGUGGAAGGCGAUCUCACCGGAGGUGCUGGAGGCCGCGUUCAACACAACGCCGGAGAUGGAAAAGCUGUUCCGCUCCAAGAGGCUCGACUCGGAGAUCUUCUUCGCCCCCAACUAGAUGAAGCCAUUCAUUCAUCCGCCCAGCCGGCCGGUCGUGUUAGGAAAUAAAUUUGUUUAGGAGAUUGAAGUGUGUCAGUUAAGCUGGUUGUGAUUUUGAUCGAUCACCUUAGGGAAUCUGUCUUAGGUUUUUGAAGUGUGUAACCCU